AAUCAGAAAGAUCUAAUAACAUCCCUCCAUUGGCCAUUAAAGAAGAAAUAUUUGAUGAGGAUAUAUCCGACAGAAGUAUCUCUUAUCACAUUAUUCAACUCACCGCACCUAUCAAUUCUCAAAGGGAAUCCGCUCAAAGGGAAUUCAAAACAUAUUCUUUCUGUAAUAAACCCGAUCCAUUAUUCAAACUUGAUGAAGCUAACCUGGAACUAGUCGUAAGAUUGUCCUGUCUUCAUAGCUUCCAUCUUAGAUGUAUUAUUAUUUCCUUAAAAAAAUAUACAACAUGUCCUUGUUGUCAACAACCUAUUUAUCUUGGUGAGGAUAAUGAUGCAAGGUUAAAUCCUCAAGAAGAAGAAGAUAGGGUUAAAAAAUUUUUUAAAGAGUUAUCCAACAGAUCACAAGACUAUAAUCUGUUACUGGUGACAAAUGUGAAAACAGAAAAUCUCACAACUUCAGAUAUGCAAUAUGAAAUCCUUGACUCACACUAUCCUCUCGGGGAAGCAUUAGAGAAGAAAUUGGCUAAAUUUAUAUCUAUUCAUCCUCUUCAAACUGCGCGAAUCUUGCUUAAUGCAGAAAUUAAGCAACAAUUUUCCUCUAACAUGUCUCAUAAUAUUUUUAACAAGAAAAAACGCUCAGCUAAAAAUAUUUAUAACAUAUUCAAAACGGAAGGUUUAGGAAGAGUCGAGAUCAAGCGAAUUAAGAGAAUUUCACCAUCGUCUUUUAGAAAAUUUAUUGAUAAAGAAAUAAAGAUAAUUCAAGAAAGAGGAGCAGUACUCAUGGAAUUUACCAGAAGUCUUCCAGAAAUAAAUAGAUUAUUCGAUGCAUUCUCUAGGUCUAAUGCAUUUAGGAUGAAAGAACAUAAUACACUCUUGGAUACGUUAGCCGAUCCCGUGAAAGGUUGGGAUCUUGAUAAUUAUUGA